CAAGUCAAAAUGUACAAUAAAUCUUUGUUGAAUACGAUAAUUUUUAUACUAAUAUGUGUUGCAAUGCAAGUCGUUGUUUUCUCGUUCAUUGUAUAUUCGAGUGCUAUGUCGUCUCUGAAACUAGAACAAGUGGUUAUUCUUAGUAGACAUAACGUAAGAACUCCCACAUCCAAAAACCUUGGCAGAAUGACACCUCAAUUUUGGCCUCAUUGGAAAGAAAAACCUGGUUUUUUGACCAAAAAAGGGUUCCUGUUAGAAGGUUAUAUGGGUAAAUAUUUUUAUACCUGGCUGAAUAAAGAAGGGCUUUUGCCUGCAAAAUGUCCCAGUGAAAAAGAUUUCUACAUUUACGCGAACACUAUGCAACGGACAAUGUACUCAGCGCAGGCUUUUGUAAGGGAAUGUUUUCCACGUUGUAACAUAACUAUAAACCAUGCUGACACUGACAAACCUGAUCCUAUAUUCACUCCAAUGAUACAUAAUUCAACUGAUAUAUUCAAAGAAAUAGCCUUCAAAGAGAUGAAGUAUAUUUUUAAUCAUUUGAAUUUAAAUAAUUCUUACAAUGUAAUGGAGGAUAUUCUGGAAUUUAACGAGUCGGAUUUUUGUAAAAUAGACAAAGACUGUUAUUUGGCUGCUGACAUAACUGAAUUUAAUAUAACUGCUGAUAAGAAACCUGAAGUCACAGGUCCAUUAAAAAUAAGUAACGAAGCAAUUGAUGCUUUUUUGAUGGCAUAUUAUAAUGGAUUUCCAUUCAAAGAUGUUGCAUGGGGAAAAUUGAAUGACACAAAUUGGCACUCAAUUUUAGACAUAACUGCAGGUUAUCAUAAUGUAACUUUUUGCACAAAACAUAUUGCUAGAGAUAUUGCACAACCUAUGAUAAAAUAUUUGACUAAUAUCUUUUUUAAUUCAAACACAAGAGUUAUUUUAUUAAUGGGACAUGAUGCUAACAUUAAUGUUUUAUUAAGUGCAAUGUCAUUUAAACCGUAUGAGUUAGAUUAUAAUUUUAUAUCAACCCCAGUCGGUGGGAAAAUUGUAUUUCAAAAGUGGUUAGAUGAGAAAGCUAAUGAAUAUUUAUUGAAAAUUGAAUAUGUGUAUCAAAGUAAUGAACAACUGAGGGAGGCUGCUGUAUUAUCUUACGAUAAUCCACCACAGUUUAAAUUAUUAGAACUAGAGCAUUGUGGAACAGAUUAUAGAGGAUUUUGUCGUUGGAAUGAUUUUAUUAAUUUCUUAUCUGAUUUAAAAAAAGCCGCCAAAGGUUUGUAUUUGAAAGAACGCAAACUGGCUCCCGAGGUGUUGGGGAGGUUGUAUGCACAGUACUGUGACGUUAUCAACAGGAUGUACGACUCCUACCUCAACAGCGUACAUCUUCAGCGUGCGCCCUGCAUCCUUGAAAUCGUCAGCUUGUUCUGGAAAAGAUUGUACGAACUCCGUAAAGAACUUGUAAACUACAUUGUAAACGACUACAUUUAUGUGGAUGAAGCACUCUGUUCAUUAAGAAAGACUCCGUACGAUAUUCAGAUCGUAAUUCCAUAUCACUUUCCUUUGGAAAGCCGCUCUAAAGGUAUUGAGGAACUACUUCAGACGAUGUGGGCAGAUGCUGAGAGAAGGAAAAACGCACCCAAAAUGGAGCAAAAGAAAAGCCAGAUGCUGGAUUUCGAUGGAUUCCUCUCUACUACUGGUGUUCAAUCUGUGCAACAUGUCAAAAUUAUAGAGGAUAGCGUUUCAACGAUUAUAUCAGAGGACUUCAUCCAAGCUAAUCUAAUACAGAAACACGAAAGAUACAGGAAAUUCUAUAUAGAGGACUUCAAAGCCAAAUGCCGAAGACGAAGGCAGUACUUUGCAGAAAAGGUCAAAGAUGCUCCUAAAUAUCUGAGGAUAUCUGCUGCUAGGUUGAUCCAAAGAGCGUACAGACGCUACAUGAUAUGCAAAAGAGAUGAGAUGCUGAAUAACAAACGGGAUGUGAUAUUAGGAAUUGUACCAGACCCAUUUCGAAAGAAAUUGAGUUAUGAAGAGGAAAAUAAUAAAAUAUAUGAAAGAAAACGUAGGAUAAGACAAAAUAUACGAGAAAAAUAUAAAGAAGAAAUUGAAAAAGAGAAAAUUAGGCUCGUAAUCUUAAAGAAGGACACUCAAAUCGAAGAUAUCACCGAAAACAUCAUGCUGUGGUUCAAAGAAUGGUAUGAGGGCUACGGGUUCUUCCCUAAAUACCCGUAUGACACAGAGGGUGGUACAGUUAUGGUUAUACGAGAGAACUACCCCUACAUCGAGGAGCAGAUAGAGGAAGAUGAGAAAAUGGCACAACGUACGAAAGGCAAGACUAAAGAGAUGUUAAAAGGAGAACAGAAGGCAGCCAAGUUAGAAGCGGUAAUGAGAGAGGAACUAGCGAAAGAGCAGAAGUUAAAGGAGGCGGAACUACUUUUCAAGCAGAGAUGUAACCCUAUGUCAGACCCUGGUUACCAACCGCAGCAGUCAAUACAUACGGGAAAUAUUACCGAGGCUCUUCAAAACUACCGUGCGGCGUGGUCUAUGCACGACAGGUUCCCAGAAAGCCCACCCAGCGCUGUAUUCGGCUACAUGCAGUCCGUACUGACUGAGGAUCUGAUGAACCAGCUUCAUGUGGAGUGCAGGAAAUACGUUGAUGAACUUAUGAGGUUGGAUUUGAAACUGCUGAUCAAAAAGCACCAGCGAAUGUACAAGAAAUUAGGCAUGAAAUACCCGAAAUUUAAGCCGAGGAAACGGCCUAAUGUCCCAGCGCCUCCGAAGCCUUUUGCCAUAAGUGAUAAAAUGUUACAGAAUAUACAGAUUGUGUUCGACUUGAACAUCAUUUCAAAACCCACCGCCAAAAUGAAGGAUAUCUACGGAGAUUUAAACUACGCAGCUUACGAGCAAAACAUAAGAGACCCGGAUGCAAAAUUCCCACCACCAGGAUGCGGCGAUAUAAGAAGUCUUUUAAUUCUCUCCUGCGUUUUCGGUACGGGCAUCGAACCCGGAGCCGUUCGCAAUAAAGCCGUGAUGCUGCUCGGACCUGAAAGAAAUGGAAAAUCAUUCAUGGUUGAUGCGAUUUGCGGGGAAAUCAAUGCAGUGAAAAUUGACAUAACUCCAGAGGUGUUCAGCGCAGUUGCCAAAAAACCUGCAAGAGCUCUAUCCGAGGUGUUCGUAGCGGCGAGACUGUUUCAACCUUCUGUUAUUUACAUGAGGAACAUUGAAAGGAUUUUCAUUAAAAAAGUAUAA